AUGCCCGAGUCAACUCAUACAGCUGCUACUACGCAACCGGAGACGCCUCAUGCAAACAAAGUCAGCUUCCUCGUUCAGAAGGCGAAGCAUCUGUCCAAUCUCAGCACACAGCCCUGUGGGGUGCACAAAACAAAGGAUGAUGAAAGCGGCCACAAAGAAAACGCUGUGACGUCAAUGGCGCUGGAAAUGGCAUUGAUGCAGAACGGUACGCAUAUCAGUGGUCAUACAAUCCGUUCAGAGCCUUCAAGUCUGACGCGAGAAGACAAAAUGGUCACCAACAACGAACGGAAUAAUGAUCAUUGGGGAUCAGCUACAUACUCGGGAGAUAGAAUGUCUCCUGGCAAGCACAAGCUGGAAGAUUCUCAUGAAGCCACGAGCAGACUUGAGGAUGCUAAUUGGUCGCGAAAGAGGGCAAGGACUGCUGUGACCAGAUAA